ACUUCCCUGCAAACAGAGCAUCAGUCGGCUUCCUCCAUAGCCGCCGGCACGCACCGUACGAGACGAGAAACGAAAGCUGAAACUCAAAACCUCGAAAUCUACGAACUCAUAAAAGUCAUGUAUAGAACUGCAGCCUCACGUCUCAGGGCUCUUAAGGUUCGUGCUGGCAAUCUGGCAGCUGUGAGGUAUGCCACUUCGAGCACAGUUGCUGCUAGGCCAUCCUCAUCAGGGUUCUUUAGCCAGCUUUUUGGGGGACAGACUAGUUCUAUUCCCCCUUUAGACACACCUUUUGAAGUCCUUUCUGUUCCACCCUCAUUACCAGAUUAUGUUGCACCAAGUGAGACUAAGAUUAAAACUCUUGCAAAUGGGGUCAAAAUAGCCUCAGAGCAAUUGCCGAGUCCUGCUGCCUCCAUUGGGUUAUUUAUUGAUUCUGGUUCUGUAUAUGAGAGACCAUUAUCAUGUGGUGCCUCUCACUUGCUGGAACGGAUGGCAUUCAAGAGCACAACAAAUCGGAGCCACUUGCGCAUUGUUAGAGAAGUUGAGGCCAUUGGAGGUAACACAUCAGCCUCAGCCUCUAGGGAGCAGAUGGCAUACACUGUUGAUGCAUUAAAGACCUAUUUACCUGAAAUGGUAGAGUUGCUUGUUGAUUGUGUUAGAAACCCUGCUUUCUUGGAGUGGGAAGUUAAUGAAGAGUUGCAAAAGGUGAAAGCAGAACUGGGGGAACUUUCAAAAAACCCUCAGGGAUUACUCUUGGAGGCAAUUCACACAACUGGUUAUGCUGGUGCGUUGGCAAAUCCUCUCUUGGCUAAUGAAUCAGCACUGAACAUGUUGGACAGUAGCAUUUUGGAGGAAUUUGUCGCUGAAAAUUACACUGGUCGUCGCAUGGUCCUGGCAGCAUCUGGGGUUGACCAUGAGGAGCUUUUACAAAUAGCUGAGCCACUUCUUUCUGAUGUUCCAGCUAGAACAUACAUGGAAGAGCCUAAAUCCGUUUAUGUUGGUGGGGAUUAUCGUCAGAAAGCCGAUUCACCUAGCACACAUUUUGCUCUUGCUUUUGAAGUGCCUGGUGGCUGGAAGAAUGAGAAGGAAGCUAUUACACUGACAGUUCUUCAGAUGCUCAUGGGAGGAGGUGGCUCCUUUUCAGCAGGUGGUCCAGGGAAAGGGAUGCAUUCACGGCUAUAUCUCCGUGUCUUGAAUGCGCAUCAGGAGAUUCAAUCAUUUUCUGCUUUUAACAGCAUCUUCAAUAAUACUGGCUUGUUUGGCAUCUAUGGUAGCACUAGUGCUGAUUUUGCAUCAAAAGCAGUGGAUUUAGCGGUAGAAGAGUUAGCUCUAGUUGCAAAUCCUGGAGCAGUUUCUCAGUUACAGCUUAAGCGUGCAAAGGAGGCUACAAAAUCUGCAGUUUUGAUGAAUCUAGAGUCUAGAAUGAUUGUAGCAGAGGAUAUAGGAAGACAGAUUUUAACAUAUGGAGAGAGUAUGGCAUUACAUCAAACCGAAGUUUAUAUUUUCCCUCCUUGAAAAACCAUGAAGCUCCUUUUACUCUUUUUCCUUAUUGCUACUAGUACCAUAUCAGUUUCCGCUUCCAAUAUUCCCAACCAAAUUCACCCACUGAGGCCGCAGUCUGGGGCAGCCGGCCACCGCAUUCCGGGCAUCAACUGCCUCAGCUGGAGGCUGGCUGUGGAGACUGA